AUGGAUAAACAGUUUCUAAGCGCUAACAUUUUAAAAGACAAAAGUAAGACAAUCAAACAACAGGACCAAAGUACCAUUAUUGUCAGCCCACUAAAACAUAAUGUUAUAACAUGCCAGAAAUUACCAUCCGAAAUGAAGAAAAAUGAUAUUACGAUAGAAAAAAUUCCCGAUGGGCUGUUGGUUACUGAUGUUCCUAAGCUUCCUGAUCAUGACGGAUUUAAGAUAAUUACAUGCGAAUCGGCUCCAGCAUCAAUAAUGGCUAGCGACAUGAUUACUAAUAACAUUAAUCAACCCCAAUCAGCACCUAUGCCUGUAAAUGUCAGUCCCAUGUCUUUGUGUAGCAGUAAAAUUAAUUUAAAUGAAGAUGACGACAUAAUAUUAUACAACUAUAAAUAUGUCAGUUCGCCUAUCAGAGGGUCAAGUCCAAUUUCGGGUAUCGAACCAAUACCACCUUCGACAGAUGAAGAACCUUUUUCUGAUUCUGGAUCUUCAUGGAUUCCGGACACAGAAGUAGAAAAUAAAAUAAAAAGGAAAAGUAGUUCUUUAAUAAACAUCAAUAUUUCAGCUAAGAAGAAAAAAAGAGUUAAGAGAUUUGAACGAAUAAACCCCAUUUUGUCGAGUGACUCUGAAGACGAAAUAGGUAAUAUUAUAACAACUCGCGCUAUUAUUGAAACUCCUAUUGACCAAGUCUCACCAGUUAACCGUGAUAGAAGGAUCAUGGAACACAAUAUCACAAUCGCUGAGACAACAGAUUCAGAAAAAGGAACAGGAAAUAAGGAAAAAGAAAUCUACAGAUGGAAAAAUACUAAUCAAAAAAACUGGAAAAGAAAUAAAGAGUUGGAGAAGAAACGAAAAUGUUUGCCAUAUAAGAGUAAAACUGGAAAAUUUCUUGCAGCUAAACUACCUAAAAGUCCUAAAUGCAGCCAAAAUUGUCGCCAGAAAUGCACAGAAAAGUUUACACAAAACGAGCGUGAGAAAAUUUGCAAAUCCUAUUGGUCUAUACAAGAUUUUAAGCUGCAAAAAGAGUUUUUGCUUAAACACUACAAGAAAAUCUGUACCGAUCGAAAAACAAAGAAGUUCUAG